AUGGGGGAAUGGACGAUUCUCGAACGCCUUUUGGAAGCAGCUGUUCAGCAGCACUCUACUAUGAUUGGAAGGAUCCUCCUGACGGUGGUCGUCAUCUUCCGAAUUCUAAUCGUAGCAAUAGUAGGGGAAACAGUCUACGACGACGAGCAAUCCAUGUUCGCGAGCAACACAUUACAACCGGGCUGCAACCAGGCUUGUUAUGAUAAGGCAUUCCCUAUUUCCCAUAUCAGAUACGGGGUGUUUCAGAUAGUUAUGAUGUGCACCCCGAGUCUAUGCUUCAUCACUUACUCCGUGCACCAAUCCGCCAAACAAAAAGAGUGCAAGUACUCCACCGUCUACCUGUCUCUGGAUAAAGAACCCAAUUCAAUAAAUCGAGAUGACAGCAAAAAGAUUACAAACACAAUUAUUAACGGAUUUCUUCAAAAUACGGAAAACUCCACCAAGGAGGCAGAACCCGGUUGUUUGGAAAUGAAGGAUAUUCCCAAUGUAUCCAUUAGAUCUACGAAAUCUAAAUUGAGACAAGAAGGAAUCUCGAGGUUUUACAUCAUCCAGGUAGUUUUCAGAAACGCGCUAGAAAUAGGAUUCUUAGUGGGUCAGUACUUCCUAUAUGGAUUCAAUGUCCCCGCGGUCUGCGAGUGUGAUCUAUCCCCUUGUAUCAAAGAUGUCGAGUGCUAUGUUUCAGGACCCACGGUAACAGUGUUCUUGGUCUUUAUAUUCGCCGUCAGUGGAAUAUGCGUAGUUCUCAACUUGGCAGAACUCAACCAUCUUAGCUGGAGGAAAAUUAAAACGACGGUGCGGGGUGUGCAAGCAAAGAGAAAGUCAAUUUAUGAAAUCCGGAAUGGACUUGCCCCGAUUUAGCAUGCCCGCACUCAAUCUAGUGAUUCGGCGUACGUGUAG